CCUUAGUUGGGUAUGCAUCCCAGUGUGAUCUCCUCAAUCAAGAACUCUUUGCUCCAUGUCAUGUCUACAUCAGCCCAGGAUUAUACUACCAGCGGUGCCGCUUUGAUGCUUGCAAAUGUGGGAGCAGCUGUUUGUGCAGUGCUCUUGCACACUAUACUUACCUAUGCAGCAAGCAUGGAGUUACUGUUGACUUCAGAUCUCAUGUCUCAUACUGUGCAUUAAUGUGCAGAAGUGGUAUGCUGUACCACCAGUGCUCCUCUUUCUGUGAGCAUUCCUGUUCCUCCCUCUCAUUUUUGGAUGCCUGCGAUCAUGAUUGUGCUGAAGGAUGUAAUUGCCCUGAUGGAAAAUACUUUGAAGAAUCUAUCAACUUUUGUGUGCCAAUGGUUAGUUGCCGAUGCCACUAUAAAGGCAGAAAUUUUCAGCCUGGGGAAAUUCUACCCACACCAUCAGGUUCAUGCCAGUGUCUAAAUGGAACAAUGAGAUGCACAGAAGCUGCUGAAGUUCCUGCAGCUCCCAUGUGCCCUGAAGAAAAGAUCUACUAUGACUGCCGGUCUCAUGUGCCUGGCUUGCCAUCUGCUGGAGUAAACUGUGAGCUUUCCUGUGCAAACCUUGCCAUGAACUUCACCUGUGCACCAUCUCCACCGUGUGUGAGUGGUUGCAUUUGUCCCCCUGGGAUGGCAGAGCAUAAAGGAAAAUGCUACGUGCCUGACAGUUGCCCAUGUACCUGGAAAGACUGGGAAUAUUUGUCAGGUGAAGUGAUAGCUACCCCUUGUUACAGAUGUAUUUGUCGACGUGGGAUAUUUAAUUGCACAUAUUAUCCUUGUCCUGCUGUUUGCACAGUCUAUGGGGACCGGCACUAUUACACCUUUGAUGGACUAGAGUAUGAUUAUGUCAGUGACUGCCAAGCUUAUUUGGUAAAGGGUGUAGACAGUUCAAACUUAUCUAUAAUCAUUCAGAACAAAAAGUGCUUUGAUAACGACAUUGUGUGUUCAAAAAGUGUCUUUAUCUCUGUUGGAGACGCUGAGAUUUUUUUCAAUGACCCCCUAGCCAUACAGAGGAUGCGGAGGAGACAUGAAGUCACAACCAAGUAUCAGCUUUGGAAGGCUGGAUAUUAUACAGCAGUGCAUUUUCCAGAUCAGGAGAUCACAAUACUAUGGGAUAGGAAGACAACAAUGCACAUCAAAGUGGGGGUUCGAUGGAAGGGUAAACUGGCUGGUUUAUGUGGCAAUUUUGAUAAAUUCACUUCAAAUGACCUGACUACAUCCAGCAACAUGGAAGUAAGAAAUGCUCAAGUCUUUGGAGAGAGCUGGGAAAUAGGACAGUGUGCUAGUCCAAAUGAGACCAUAAAACCAUGUGAAGUACAUCAGAGCAAGUUCCCUUAUGCCAAAAAGGAAUGUUCAGUUUUGUACAGUGAUAUUUUUGCCCCCUGUCGCAAUGUGAUUGAUGUGACAUCAUUCGUCAAAAACUGCCAUACAGAUACUUGCAAUUGUAAUCUUGGCGGAGACUGUGAAUGUCUGUGCACAAGUAUUGCAGCUUAUGCUCACAAAUGCUGCCAGCAGGGUGCAGUAAUUCACUGGCGAUCUCCAUCUCUCUGUCCUUAUGACUGUGAUUAUUACAACCAAGGACUUGGAGAAGGACCAUAUAUCUUGGCCAGCUAUGGUCAGAAUGACACUGUUAUAGGAGUCAAUGUCACCAGCAAAAAUAUCUUUCCUUUGCCAAGAAGCAGUGUCAGUGGGAAUGUGUAUUUUAAUUUUAUGUUAACUCCAGGACUUUUCAAAGAUAAAAUACUAUCUCCAUCUCUGGUUUCUCUUGAGUCUGCUGAAAGGCCAAACUACUUUCUAUAUGUCCAUGAUGAUGAAAGCAUAUCCUUAGAACAGUGGGAGGCAAGUUCCUUGUUUCGUAGAAGAGCAACUUUUUUCCAUCAUCAAGGCCUUUGGAUCCCAGGCUACAGUGCAUUCGAACUACAUAGCAAGAAAGGUUUCUUUAUCAUACUCAGAGCAUCUUCUGUGAAAGUAUCAAAGUUUGAUGAUUCUGAAGAAUUCAAACGUUCAAGCAGUUUCAACAUAGAGGAACUCCAUACAGCAGUACCUUAUAGGAGGAUGUGUGAAUGGAGAUACGAACCUUGUAUAAGUCCUUGUGUUAAAACAUGCAGUGACCCUGAAGGAGUAGCAUGUAAAUUUCUUCCACCAGUUGAAGGAUGCUUACCAUACUGUCCCAAAGAUAUGAUUCUUGAUGAAGUCACACUUAAAUGUGUUUAUCCAGAAGACUGCAUACCUGUGAAAGCCACAGAAGCUUCAACGACAGUAAAGCCACUGAGAACAAGGCCCACCGUAUUAAGCCCCCAUACAGUGGACACGGCACAAACAUUUCCUCAUAUGCCCCCUGUGCUUGUCACUGAAGCGGUUGAGACAACAUAUAUUAAUCUAACUACCCAAAUGGCAACUGAGAGGGUGGGGACAUUUGGAGGACAAACUACGGCGAAAAUAGUUUCGGAUUUUCAUUCAGCAACACUGUUACCAGUUCCAGAGCACUCUUCUGAAGGUAGCUACAGCACUACAACACCCUCUGUGCUACUUGCACCUAUAUCCCCAACAGCUCUCCCAACCACUAAGGAAGCCACAGCAGUUACAGCAAAGGUGACACCUUACACCACAAAUCCUAUCUUUUUUAUAUCAUCGCUCACUGCAUCAACAGCUGAACCAUCACUGUCUUCCUUUCCUUUAAUAUCCACAUCACCUAUACCAUUGAGAUCUGCCGCAUUACCUGCUGGACAAGAAUUUUCCUCUGCUAAAACACCUACAAGCAUCUUAGUGAGUGGAGGUCCUUCCACAAUCAAGUCUGAGGUUUUGGUAGCAGGAACAUCACAGCCAUCUUUAUCAACUGAAAGAACAUCUCGUUCAAGUCUGUUUUCAGGUUCACCAUUAACAGAAACGCUUACUGUGACUUCAAGAACCAGGUCUACUAUGUCCGAGCCAACUAUUCGUUUGACUCAUAUGCCUGUGCUUACAACAACUCAAAUUCCCUUAUUGGCAUCUAGAUUUACUGCCUUUUCUUCAAGUCCUCCUUAUAGCAUACCAGUUUCAGGCUCAAUGACAACUCGACCUGACUCAGAAGUGCUGCUGCCUACACCUCUAUCAUCACCAGAAGCACUUAUAACACCUUCUGAACAUGCUGUUCCCUUAACCACAAAGCAUUUUUCUACUACAACACCAUCCUCAGCUGCUUCACCAAGCCCUACAACCAUGCGGUCUUCAUUGAGUCCCCAAGUGACACAGGCAAUGUCUACACUGGUGUCUCCUCCAGUUACGUCUCAAAUGUCCAAAGCAACUGGGGAAGUUACAAUUAUCUCAAAGAGCUUUCAUAUAGGACCUUCCACUGCUUCGCUUCCAGAUGUUCCUCAAACCUCCCAAUCACUUGAAACAAAAACAGUUGCGACAGAAAGCAAGCAUGCAUUGCACAUUGGUUCAUCUCCAGUGCCAACUGUUUCUGUAAGUUCAUUAGAGUUUGCUGGUACCAGAGCUUUGCCAAGUAGAACCCCUUUGUUACCUACGAGUAUUUUAUAUGAUACAACACAAAUGACUCCGAAAAUAAGUAUGCAUUCAGUUGGCCCACACACAGGAUUAAAAACUGAUUCUACUCUUAGAAGUGUGGGUAGUUUCACCACUUCUGCAGUGCUUCCAGGACAUCUAUCUGCUUUCACAAGUUCCUCCACAUUACUUACAGUGUUACCAAAAACCUCUUCUGUCUCAGCCUCUUAUUCUGAAAGCUCAUCGGUGAUUCCCACAAUUGGCAAAACUUCUGCUGUGAUGCCAGCUAGCACUCUCAUACAAAUGCCAGUUGGUGAACAUCCUACCUCAACAAGCCCGGGUUCUUACCCUGCAGCUUCUCCUUCAGCUUUGUCAACUUUAAGUCCAACUAUUUCCACAAUAAAUGCUUCAUCUUUGCCUCCUCUGGAGGCCUCUGAUAUGCCCAUGCUAUUUUUAGGAACAAGGAGUUCCUCUUCAGUGGAUGGUAGAACGUUAUCUUCAUUACCCAGUGCAAUCAGUACUCAGUCUUCAGAGCCAGCAUUUACCAUGGGUGCUCUUUGGAAUAUGACAUCAACCCCAACAAAUGUCACCGAAAAGUAUACCCUUAGCCCACCAGUAAGUUUACUACCUUCCUCUGCAGGCAUGACAGUUCCUAGCAAAACUGCUCUAGUCACUGAACUCUAUCCUAUCGGUUUUGAGCACCACACUGCUACUACGUCAUUCCCAAUUCCUACUACCUCCCAAACACUUACGCAUACUCCAAACUUUACUUUGUUUACACCCAAACCUUCCACAGAAGACUUCAGAACUAUACCCACUAAAAUGGAUGAAGGGACUACCUCAGGUUGGAUAGAGCUGGGAGCGACACAUGCUACAGAACUUCGAAAUGCGACCGCUUAUGCCUCAGAAAGUAGCCAGACCUCAGAAAUACAAGAAAAAGUCACUAAGUACACAGGCACUGAGGAAUCUUCUCUGCUUCCCACUCAGAUGACUCUGGCUAUCAGUGCAAGCAGAAGGGCUUCGGUGAAACCAGUCUCUCUCUCAGACGAUCUGAUAGAUGUAACAUUAUCCGAUUGGUCUAGAGCUCCACCACCAAAAUCAAUUAGGCCUUACUAUAGUGUGGCUGAGCCCGAGGAAAUGAGAACAACCAGCUUGCAGAAUGUCACAAUAGCAGAUUCAACUCACUUAACUGCAGAGCAAUUGGAGGUCCAAACUUCAAAGGCUGAAAUGGAGAUGGUGACUACAGAUGGUGCAGAAUAUGCUUCCUUUGGCACAAUGAUACAUACAUUAAUAUCUGCGACAUCCGCAGAAUGCACGCCAAGGUAUCUUGAUCCAGUAGACAGAUGUAGUCAGUACGUGUGCAUUAAUAUGGGAUGGAUGCUGUACAACCUCUCAAAGAACUGCCAUAAGACUGUGGAGAAGCCUGACUGCGGUUUCCGUGGGAUGCCAGUCCAAGUAAACAGUGACAGCUGCUGUCCAGAAUGGGAAUGUCCUUGUCAAUGUUCUGUCCUGUCUGAACUGAGCAUUAUUACAUUUGAUGGAAAUAACGUGGCAUUGUAUAAAGUAGCGUCCUAUAUUUUAGUCAAGCUACCCACAGAAAUUAUUGUUGCUCAUAUUGAAAGGUGCCCUACAAAUCAGAGUGCCAAUUCAAUAAGAAGACUAGUUCCACCUGGAAGUGCUUCGGGUCUUUGUUUUAAGAAACUUAAUGUAACAACACCUUCACAUAUAGUACUUAUCAAUCGUUUAGAAAGAAAGGUGGUCGUGGAUUCUAUGAUUCAGCCUUUGCCUUUCUCAAAACAUGGUUUAUGUAUUCAAGAUACUGGUGCUAUGUAUGUAGUCAACACGCCAGCUGGCAUCAACAUUAAGUGGGCUCAUGUCACAGGCAUUAUAGAUAUCCAGUAUGGCUUUCAUUCUAAUACAUCUACCAAGACUGAAGGCCUUUGUGGUGUCUGCAAUGGCGAUCCAGGGGAUGACCUGAAAAUGCAAAAUAGAACUGUAAUUACAAAUGUGGAUGAAAUUGAGGCUUUUAUUAAGAGUUGGGAAAUCGAGAAAUCCGUUGAUCUAACAACAAGGAGACCUGUAAGAAACUGUACAGAAGAUAACUGUACAUACUGCAUGGAACUCUUACAUAGAUGGGCUUUUGCCCCAUGCCACAAAAAAGUUUCACCCCAAGACUUUUGUGAAAAAAUGUGGAUCAACAAUACAUAUUUUUGGAAUUAUGAAUGUGAUGCUCUUUCUGCAUAUGUAGCGCUGUGCAACAAACAUAAUAUCUGCAUUAAGUGGAGAACACCAGAUUACUGUUCUCUCCGUUGUCCUGAUGGGAAAGAAUACCAGCCUUGUGUGCAACCAUGUGCUGCUAAAACAUGCCUAAAUAAAUGGUUCUAUGAAGAAUCACCCUGUUCCUACUUAAGAGAAGACUGUGUUUGUAAAAAUGGAACCAUUCUUCACAGAACAGACUCUGAUCUCUGCAUUCCAGAAGAAAAAUGUGCAUGUACUGACAAUGCAGGGCAUCCCCGUUCAGCUGGAGAAGUUUGGAAUGGCUCCAAGAAAGGGUGCUGCAUGUAUAUGUGUGUGGAGAAUGGGAGCAUUAUUGCCGUAGAGCCUGAAUGCAAUAAAGAGGCGCCUCCGAUAUGCCGGCGAGAGGGUGAAGUGAUUAUUAAUGUGAUCGAGGAAGGGGCUUGCUGUCCAAAGAAAGUCUGUGAAUGCAACAUGACUCAAUGUGAUCCUCUUACUCCAACUUGCAGAAGUGUUGAGAAAUUGGUAGUGGUAUACGAUCCUUUGUCAUGCUGUCCUCAGUACCGAUGUGAAUGUGAUCCAUCAGCAUGCCCCAAUGCUUCCCGUCCAGAAUGCAGAGAAGACCAAUUUCUUGUUGAGGCAAAACAGGAGGAUCCUUGCUGUUUUUCUUAUUUGUGUGUUUGUGAAUCCUGCAUUGAACCUAUUCCAUUAUGCAAUGAAGGGGAAAUUCUCACUGUAGAUCUUAGCUCCACACAUUAUUGUUGCCCUCGUUACCACUGUGUCUGUGAUGAGAAUCACUGUCACUUACCUCUUCUGAACUGUUCUGCUGAAAUGAAGCUGGUAAAGAAGAGAAUAGCUGGACAGUGCUGUCCAGACUGGAAUUGUGAAUGUGACUGUGAAAGUGCUACUAUCCCAUCUUGUAAAGUGGGAGAAGUUCAGAGAAUAGAUGGCAACGUUUCUAGCAUGUGUGGCUGCUCACAGUACACCUGCGAAAAGGAUAAUGUCUGUGUAUUCCAAGAAGUCACCAUAUUGAGCCCUGGUCAGUCCAUGAUUCAAUAUUUGGAUGAAGAUCAUUGCUACAUAGCAAGAUGUUCGCAGGAAAAAGACCCUAGCACAGGAUUUCAUGCCAUGGAUCUGAUCGUAGUUAACUGUUCCCAAAAAUGUGAAGCUCACCAAGUAUAUGCCCCAUCUCCUACUCAACAUGCUUGUUGUGGUUCCUGCAUAAAUGUGUCCUGUAUUUUCUAUUCUGGCAACGGAACCUCAGUCAUUUAUGAAGAAGGAAGCACAUGGGACUCAAACUGCACUAAAUAUGAAUGCACAAAGACUGCUGGUGGUGCAAUAGUGCUUGGCUCCAGUGUGGUUUGCCCACCCUUUAAUGAGACUGAGUGCACAAAGAAUGGAGGCACUAUAGAGACAUAUAAUGAUGGCUGCUGCAGGACGUGCAAACGAGAUGAAAAGAUUUGCCAAAAAGUGACCGUCAGAACAACUAUAAGGAAACAUGACUGCAUAAGUCGGAGCCCUAUUAAUGUGGCUUCUUGUGAAGGAAAAUGUCCGUCUGCCACAAUUUUUAAUAUCAACAUUAAUAGCCAUUUAAGAUUCUGUAAAUGCUGUCGUGAAAACGGAGUGCAGAAUCUCACCGUGCCACUCUACUGCUCAGGAAAUGGCACUGAAAUCUUGUAUGUCAUCCAGGAGCCCACAGACUGUUCAUGCCAGUGGAAUUAAGAUUGUCUGGAAUCUUACGGAAGUCCAUAACCAAACAGGCUAUUGUAUGUUUAUUAAUGUAUUCAGAUUUAAUAAAUAUCUUAUUAAUAUAUAUACAUAUUUUUCAUGUUUCAUAAAUAUUUUAAAAUCGAUAGUAUUCAGUGUUUUAAUGCUACAGCAAAAUUGUACAUGUUAACAUAUAUGAAAGAAUUAGUUCAUUUUAGUCAUCGACUUAACUUCAUUUAGAUGUGUGAAUUAAUCAGUUCAUGAUAAACAAUGUUAAUCAAAUACACGUCCCUAACUAUAACUGGAAACAUUUUGUAGCUUAUUAGCAUGUCUAUUGGUAUCACUCAUUUAUACUUACAAUUAUUGUAAACGUUACACUCCAGUAAAAUGUUUGCAAUAAAUUACUGGCAAACUUG